AUGCCGCAAGACAUGCCGCAAGACAUGCCGCAAGACAUGCCGCAAGACAUGCCGCAAGACAUGCCGCAAGACAUGCCGCAAGACAUGCCGCAAGACAUGCCGCAAGACAUGCCGCAAGACAUGCCGCAAGACAUGCCGCAAGACAUGCCGCAAGACAUGCCGCAAGACAUGCCGCAAGACAUGCCGCAAGACAUGCCGCAAGACUACAAGCGGCAAGAUUACAAGCCAGCCACUGGGGCUUGUGCGACAGAAUGGCAGGAUGUGGAGCCUCAGAUUGGCAGCCACCGGCAGAAGGUCACGCUCAAGAUGUUUGGUUAG